GGUGUAUCCCAGCCUGCCUGAACCGCGAGGAGCAGAUCAGCGGCAGCAGGGCUCCAGUGUCGACUCACAGCUCCACGGCAGCCACCAUGCAACUGACACGUGUGGAAGCUGCAUUCAUAUUCGGGGUUGUUAUUCCUCAUAUAUCCAGCAUCGGGAUUUCAUCUGCACCCCCUGACUGUGCGGCCGCCGUGGAUACCUGCAUGUCAGACUUAUGCAAGAGUGAACGGGCGUUUUACGGCGGCAUCUGUAACAGCGAAGAUGAAGAGUGCCAAAUAGAAGGCUCAGAGGUCUGUAACCUGACCAUCCAGAGCGCGCUGGACCAAUUCCCCUCUCUGCGAGGGUGUGUGUGCGCCUGGGAGGAGGAGCGGUGUGACUCCAUACAAGCGCUGGCCACACAAUGCCACAGAAAGCCAGCAAGCCAUCAGAAGAGGAGCGCAGUGAUGGACUGGAAGUCCAGCAGUUUAAUGGACUCUGCAUACGACGGUGCUGGAUCCUGCUUUGACCAGAUGAGUGUCUGUGUCAGUGACGCCGUGUGCAACAAGCACCUAGCAUCUGUUCUCCAGGCGUGCAUGGCAGAUCCGUGCGACCGUGUCCUCUGUCAGCGGGCGACCAGGCGCUUCUACAGCAGCAUGCCGCCGAAUGUUGCAGACGUGCUGGUCAUGUGUGAGUGUGCGGACUCAGAUCAGAGCUGCCUGCUUGCGAAAACCACUCUGCACAGUGGUGCGUGUGGAGACGAGGCCCGGAUCUGCCAGGAUACAGUAAAGCAGUGUGUGGACGACAGAAACUGCAGAGACCUUUUAAAAGUUUUCCAGGCCAAAUGCUGGAGGCUUGAAGAUGCUGAGUGCGGUGACGGCGACCUUCGAAGUGACGAAUGUUUCCCCAACCUGGAUCCAGCUCACAUGUUUGGUGCCGAUCCUGAAUGUAAAACAGCCUUCGUAGCCACUCUGGGCACAGUAGUCCACUGCCCUUGUUCGUGCGAAGGCCUGCACACCGACGAUCUUAAGACGUGCAACAUGAUUCAUGACGUACUUCACAAUAGGUCACUCUUCAUGAGAGUGGGGAAAAGCAGCAGUGGUCCUUCUGAACCUCCUGAAAUCAAGGACUCCGAUCACGGUCACACGCGCUCACAUGAUUAUCUACUGUAUGUUUUUGCAACUGUGCUGCUUGUUGGGGUUGUUGUGGUGAUGCCUCUGGCUGUUGUCAGUAGAAUCUGGAUGUUGAGAAGAAGAGAUAAAACCAAAUUUCAUCAUCCACAGAAGAGCAGCUUCGCUGUUACUCUAUGAGGAUUCUUCAUCUGUUCGAUGCGAGUCAUCAAUAUUACACGUUUUAAUUUUCUUCCAGUUUAACGCAAAACGAUUUUAGAUAAUGGUUUGAAUUGUGUGAAUAACCGUUUUUUCCACAAUGUUGAUGAGAAAAUAUAUUUAUCAAACAAAUGAUCCACAGAUACAUUUUGUGAGCAUUAAUGCUUCCAUUACAAUGGAUGUGAGAUCAUUUAUUUCAUUGUGUUGUGUGUUGUAGUGUACCCUGGUCUUCGUAACAACAUUAUGACGAAUAAUCAGUGUGAAUGUACUUUAUCAAAGAAACUCUACCGAAUCUUUGAAGAUUUCAUCUUUAAAGAUAAUUGUAAAAGGGUUGAUGAAAAAACAACAUUUCUAUUUACAGUCUCAAAGACUUUUGUACAAGGAUGAAUAAGGAUUCUCUUUUUCCAUCAUGUUUUUUGAGUCACAAGAGAAACCUUUUAUUUUAACGGUAUCUCCAGAAUCUCCAGAUCCUCAGAAUCGAUCAAAUCUCUCUAAGUUAUUAAUCUUUUCAAGUGUUUCACACUGACUCCAUCCAUCACUAGAAGAAAAUCACACAUCUGACACGUUUGAGAUUGCUUCGUGUCAUCAGUUGUCCUUCUGCGACGAUACAUUGAUGCUCCAUAGGCUUCCACUGUAUCUGAUAAUAAACUCACAUCUGAACAUC